AUGGUUUUGCCUGCUACUAUAGUCUCUGAGGUUCAGGAUAUCAAGUUUGAUCUUCAAAGUGUUGAUUAUCCUAUUUGGCUCCCUGACCAGUCAGGCUCAUUCUCUAGCAAGUCUGCGUGGCAAAAUAUCAGGAAGUCCAGGGUACUCGAAGGUAAAUUAGCAACCGAUGAAGCACUUUGCAUAUUUAAGGUUCAUGGACCCUCAAAAUGCUAUUGUUGUACAGAGGGAGCCAAUGAAACUAUAAAUCAUUUGUUUGGAGACGGAAACAUUGCAUGUAUUCUUUGGAAAUAUUUCUCUAAUGCUUGUGGAAUCCUUCACAACUCUAAUGAGAAUGUCAGGGCGAAGAUUAUUAGAUGGUGGUUGAUCAAACCUGUCAACAAAGUUCAUGAACUCCUUCUCCAGAGUCUGCCAUCUCUUAUUUGCUGGGAAACUUGGAAGUAUAGGUGCAAUUUCAAACAUGAAGGUGUUAGAAUUCCUAUUCCUAGAAUCAUUGAUCAAAUCUCCAACCUCCUCUAUUUGAUUAUUAAUUCUCAAUUUCCAGAACUUCCACUUUCACCUUCUAUUAUCAGUAUCUCUCAUCUCAUAGAUCAUAUCACACCAAAGCUUGAAAUUAAAUUGGUGAAAUGGAAGAGACCAAACUACAAUGAGCUAAAAUUGAAUGUGGAUGGUUGUAGUAAAGGAAAUCCUGGAAGUGCUGGAGGUGGAGGAGUACUUAGGGAUCAUGCUGGACAAAUGAUUAUGGCUUUCAGUGCCUAUUUUGGUUUUUGCUCAAAUAAUUCAGCUGAGGCACUAGCUCUAAAGACUGGCCUAAGAUGGUGUCUAGAUCAUGAUUUUCACAGGGUUACUGUUGAAUCUGACUCCCUAUUGAUUAUUCAGAUGGUUAAAGGUAUGAUCGAUUCCCCUUGGCAUAUGAAAGAUGAUAUUAAGCAAAUUCAAUCCAUGAGUUCACUUGGUGACUUCUCUUUCAUUCACACCUUCAGAGAAGGUAAUACUACAGCUGAUUUGCUCGCUAAUAUGGCUGAACAUUGCAAAACAACUACCUUCUUCACCGAGGCCAUAAAUCUUCCUUCUAAGGUUACUUCCACCUUGAAUAAUGAUGUAGUUGGCAAGCCCAACAUUAGAAUUCGAGUGAAGAAGGGAAACUUCAUAUUCGACCCUGGUUAA